CCCUCCUGUGUAAUGUUCACUGCUGUCAGACCUGCACCUGUGGAGUGCGAGAAUCACUUGCAUCACCAGGCCUCCACAUCUGCCUACAAUGCACUGAGGGACACCACCCAGUCUGAAGCAGGCAUUGAAACAUCAUCUGGUGGAGACCUGCAGCACACAGGCCUGGUCGCGUACAUGGCUCUCUUUCUAUUAGGGUUCAGUGGCUGUGAUUAGCGUGAGCUGCCACAGGUUUGGAGGGAUUCCCUCUUUCACUGGGAUCUGUCUCUUUGGGCAGUUCUGACCACUGAUCAAAUCAGCAGUGAAAAAACCUUGUGCCUUCUCAAAACAUUGCACUUGUGUUGCAGUCACUCCUACAAUGGCAACCAUUAACAGUGUGCACAGCCCUCCAGCUCUUCAAAAAGCCUUGGUGAUUAACUGUGAGUCCACUACAGUGCUUUUAUAGUGGCAUAGUAUAUAGUACAUUUUAUAGCAUAUGCAGUACUUAGUAAAUGUCACGCACACAGUGGAGAACAAGAGUCAUUUGUAAGGCGGGUAUGUUUUCGUAUGCAUCUGAGUCUGGCCUCAAAAUUGACAAGAUUACUUAAUUCGGUUUCCCAAUUUCCUAUGGGGUUAAAUGAAUGGUGCCUGAGCAAGUCAUGUGGCAUGACUUCUAGGUUAUUCUGCACUAAUUGGUGCACUCAUUGAAAUGUACACCACUCUGCCUUUCCAAUCACAUAUCUCCCUCUUGCCUUAAAGUUGCUUGUACUUCACCCAAGGCAGUGCCCUCCACACGGCUCAUGUCUCAGGCUUUGAUUAUCUCGGGGAGAUUGAGAGCAGAUGAAAACAAGCUUACUGCCUAAACUAUAUUCAGAAAUACACACUGCUUGAUUUCACGAUAUUUCGCUUUGUAUUUUACAAGGGAAUAUUUCAUCAGCGAGGAUGUCAACUGAUCAUUAUUUACAAGCAGUGCAUCAUAUGUUUUGCUAAUUAUGCAAUCCAGUGUGGGGUUAGCUGCAGGUUUUUUGAUAUAGGCAGUGGAGCCCGUGCUGAAUGUAAUUGGAGCCCUACAGUUUGCUAUGGGUUCCUCCCUAAUCAGCGAGCGUCUUGACUGCAGCCUUGCUAUUUGCUCUGACAGUGAGCAGCAUGAGCGUGCGGUUCAGCUGUCACAGGGAUCUUGUGGAACAGUUUGAGAAAAGACCUUUAUAGUGGAGGGGAGCAAGCAGACAAUGAGUUUCCCAAUGAGAUGUUAAACAAACUAUGUCAUGGUCAAUUGUUCAGCGUUAAACUGAUUAACUGCAAAACUACUGGCCCUCAGUUAUUCAAAACAGUUUGUUGCAAGAUACUCCUCUGAUUACUGAUCAUUUUGGCUGAACUAACAAUCAGAGCUAAAAAAUGAUAAAAUUAUUUCUUCUCGUGGUUCUCGGGACCUUUCUGGAGUCCAGCAAAGUCUUUGGCCUGCCACAGACUUUGCCUCGAGUGUAUCUCACAUCUAACGAGCUAAAGGCCACUCAUACAUCUCAGCUUUACAGUCUGUCAUCGAAUCCUUUGGAUUAUCGCAUCCUACUCAUGGAUGAAGAUCAAGACCGCCUGUAUUUAGGCUGCAAAGACUACAUCCUGUCUCUCAAUGUAAACAACAUUAGCCAGAGUCCCCUUGCUGUUCACUGGCCAGCAUCAAGCAAUAAAGUGGAUGAAUGCAAAAUGGCUGGCAAGGAUCCAAAUAAUGGUUGUGGUAAUUUUGUACGCGUUAUACAAGUGUACAACCGGACGCAUCUCUUUGUUUGCGGCAGUGGUGCAUUUAGCCCUGUCUGCACAUACAUCAACAGGGGUCGCAAAUCUGAGGAUCAAAUAUUUAUGAUUGAAUCAAAAAACGAGUCAGGAAAGGGCCGCUGCUCAUUUAACCCUCAGGUUGACACGGUGUCCUUUAUGAUCAAUGAAGAGUUAUUUUCAGGAGUGUACAUCGACUUCAUGGGUACUGAUGCGGCAAUAUUCCGCAGUCUAACAAAAAGAAACAGCAUAAGGACCGACCAGCACAACUCCAAGUGGCUAAGUGAGCCUGUAUUUGUGGGUGCGCAACUCAUUCCUGAUGGCACUGACCCAAAUGAUGCAAAACUGUACUUCUUCCUCCGGGAAAAGGUGACAGAUGCUCACGGUAAUACCAAGCAAAUUCACUCCAGGAUUGCCAGGAUCUGUCCUAAUGAUAUAGGAGGUCAGCGCAGUCUUGUUAACAAAUGGACAACAUUCUUAAAGGCUCGUUUGGUAUGUUCUGUGAUAGAUGAUGAUGGCACAGAAACUCACUUUGAUGAACUGCAGGAUGUAUUUUUAUUAGAAACAGAGUACCCCAAGAGCCUGCUUGUCUAUGGACUGUUCACAUCUUCAAGCUCAGUAUUUAAAGGCUCGGCUGUGUGUGUCUAUAACAUGCUCGACAUUCACACGGUAUUUAAUGGACCAUUCGCACACAAAGAAGGACCAAGCCAUCAAUAUGUUCCAUACCAAGGCAGGAUUCCGUAUCCUAGGCCUGGCACAUGCCCUGGAGGAGCAUUUACACCAAACACGUUGUCAACAAAGGAUUAUCCCGAUGAAGUGGUAACGUUUAUCAGGAACCAUCCUACGAUGUAUAACUCUGUCUAUCCGAUCAAUAAACAGCCGCUGAUAGUGAGGAUUAACACUGAUUAUAAGUACACCAAGAUAGUGGUGGACCAAGUGAAGGCAGCUGAUGGAAGAUAUCACGUCCUCUUUCUCGGCACAGAUAAGGGAACCGUCCAGAAGAUUGUGGUCUUGUCAAAAAACACAUCAAAUAAGGAGGAGCUUAUCUUGGAAGAAAUUGAAGUUUUUGAGAAUCGAUCAGCUAUCACAACAAUGAAGAUUUCAUCCAAAAAGCAACAACUGUAUGUGAGCUCUGAUGAAGGUGUAGCCCAGGUGUCCUUUCAUCGAUGCCAUGUCUAUGGUACAGCAUGUGCUGACUGCUGCUUGGCCAGGGACCCUUACUGUGCUUGGGAUGGCAAAUCCUGCUCCAGGUUUUAUCUAACUGGCAAAAGGAGGAGUCGAAGACAGGAUGUCCGACAUGGCAACCCAAUGACCCAGUGCAGAGGCUUUAAUCUGAAAGAAUACAGAAAUGCUGUGGAGUCUGUGCAAUAUGGAGUGAAAAACAGCACUGCCUUCCUUGAAUGCACACCAAAGUCACCCCAAGCAUCCGCCAAAUGGUUGAUGCAGAAAUCAAACGACAGAAGAAAGGAGGUAAAGCAAGACGACAGAAUUCUUGUGACUGAGCACGGCCUCCUGAUUCGUUCCGUGCAGAGCAAUGACCGAGGUCUCUAUCACUGCAUUGCCACUGAGAACAACUUUAAAAGCACCGUGACCAAAGUUAAACUGAAGGUUGUUGACCCGGAAUUGGUUUCCCCCAGAAUUACCAAAGGGGCACCGUGGCCCUGGACUGCCGCCAACGACCUGAGUGGUGUGCAGGUCCUCCACAAGGAUCUGAUAGGACUAUUCAGUUACUCCGAAAUGCAGGCGAUCAAUAAGUACUGUAAAGAGAGCUGGCACAAGCAGAGACCCAAUGGUGAGAGGCAAUCAAUCAGAAUAGAUCACUCAAAACUAAAGGCCCUCAUCGACAGAAGAAAAAGUCGGAAUAGAAGAAACCAUUUGCCUGUUACUUAAAGGACUGCUUGCAAAGAAUGUCUUUGUUAGUGUAAAACUAUUUAAUAUAAAUUGUACAGAAUGUAUCUGUAGUCACCUUUUACUAUUUUUAUCCUUUUGAAGUACAAGUAAAUUCUUACUGUCUGAGCAUGUUAUGAGUAACAGAACAUUUAAUACUGUUGCCUGGUCUGUGUAAUACAUUUCUCAUAUGUAAGGUCCAGAUGUGCAUUUAGUUUUCAUUUUUGUCUGGUUAGAGUAACUUAGAAGGCAGCUGUAUUCUGUUGAAGCGUUUGAAGGUAACUUCACUCGGACCUCUGCUUUCGAUCAGUAACCCAAAGCCCUCUGACUUUCCCAACUUGUGUUUGGCUCUUAGCCAAGACUAAUGAUCAGCUCAUCAGAAUUUAAUGGCCGGGGUGGGCCAAAACAUCCAGUCUUUUCAUGAGAAAGUAUGCUAUUAGCUUGGUGUGGUACUAGUCCUGACAUCCUACUGUACGGAGAGGUUGGCAGGUCCAAAGAAUACUAGAUCUUGUGCUUUAAUGUGAUGUAUAAUGGUGUAAAAUGUUGGUAUCUUAAGAGCAAAGCCCUGAGGGGAAUUAUUUUAAGAAAUCUGUUCUCUAAGUAUUAUAUAUAGAGAAAAUAGAUAUUAUGCUGUCAAAAGAAUUGUUACUUUGAAAAUUUAAAGCUGCUGUACGUUAGAAAAUUGGCAUGACAUAGCGGAAACUCAGAGCAAUCCCAUCACCUUUUGCAAGGUGGUUAAGGUGAGCAUCUUGCAUAAACUUUCCUCUGGGUUGUAACGGCCUGUCGGUCAAUUGAUUGUGGUAUGUUUGUAAUAUUAGCUGUUUUAAUUUCAAACUUUUAGCAUUUACAUCUUGUUAUUGCAUUAUUCCUUAUCCACUUUGAGAUGUGGAAAAUAAGAAAAUUAACUUUGGCCCCAUUGUGAAACGAUUAAUCACAAUGAAAACAUGACGAUAUUUGGUCAUUAAAUGAACGUCAAUCUUCAUUGGGUAAAUGGGUAUAAGCCCUGAGUAACACAUCUACACGUUGCCAAACCUCAAGGCACAUUUACUCAAGCUCCAGGCACAACCUGCAAACCCAUAAAUAACCACAAAUUGAAUCAGCUGCCUCUGGUGUUCCUGCUAGGAUCAAACUGCAGAUUGUAAAAAUAAAUGUGUUCCGAGUCUUUAUUGUAAAUGAAAUGUGUAGGAUAUUAUUUAGUAUGUUUCAAUGUUUUGGCAAAUUCAAAUGUUAUUUGGUGUGCUGUAAUGUGUAGAUUAAGUGCAAAAAGUAUUUCCAUCUGCCUUUGUAAGCUGCAGUUCAAAUAUCUUUGUACAAAAUUUUUAUAAAAAUUGCAUUCAAGUCAUAGAAAAAAGCAAAGUAGAAAUGGAACUGUGUGCUCCUAUAAAUUAGGUUAAUGUGUAGAUAAAGUAUAGAUUAAACUGGUAUGUUCUAAAUUAUGUAUAUCAUGACACAAUGUACUUUCAUGGUGAUGAUAAUAAAUCUUCAAAGACACAA